AUGGCACCUCUCCUCAAACGCAUUGGACCCCGCCGUUACACUAUCCCUAGCCCUCUGGGCGCCGGACUCGGCGACAGUGACCUAGUUGUCCUGGUCGAUACCGUCCGGCUGUACCUGGAAUAUGACGGGCACCUUAGGGCGGGGACAGCUAGCCUGAACGCCACGCCGUUCGGCUACAACGACUUUGCGUUGGCCUUCAACAUGCAGCCGGCCGCUGAAGCCGACCCGUCACGCUUCGCCAUAGAAGGAGCAGAGGGACCCACCAUUAAAGGAGGGCGCUACCUCAACCCUCACAGAGCAGAGCUCAUGGAGGAGGCCCUCUGGAUGAACCUCGAGACCGCUAAGAAGAAGCGCGAGUGGCGCGACCGGUCCAUCGCCGAACGUAAGGCUAAGAGAGCUCGACCCGAGGUUAGCGGACGCCCUGACAUGAGGAAGGAGACUCACCCUCAUGCCAAUGUGGCAAGUGCCUCACGCACCCCCACCACCUCUACCCCGGGGCCCUCCAGUCCCUCCUCCACCGAGCCGGCUAAUAGAGAGCACGCCAUGGACGUCGAAGAAGGCGAGGAGCGCCGCACGGAGAAGGGCAAGCGGGCAGAGGAGGACGCGUCGAAGAAGACUAAGAGGAAGUAG